GGCGGGGCUGGGCGUGGCCAGGGCGUGGCCCGGGGGCGGGGCCUCCCGGGGGUCCCGGGUGAUGGCGGAGGGCGGCUGAAAGGGGGGGGGGGGGCUGCGGGUACCGGGACCCCCCCGCACCGGCACCGGCACCGGCGCCAUGGACGAUUCGGGCGUGAUCCGCCGGCGGCGGCUGCAGAAGGAUCUGCCGCUGCCGCGGAAGAGCAGCAGCUGCCGCACGAGCAACCGGAAGAGCCUGAUCCUGACCAGCACCUCCCCCACCCUCCCGCGGCCCCACUCGCCGCUGCCCGGACACAUCGGUAACAGCCCCCUGGACAGCCCCCGCAACUUCUCGCCCAGCGCCCCCGCGCACUUCUCCUUCGGCGCGUCCCGCCGGGCUGACGGGCGCCGCUGGUCGCUGGCCUCGCUGCCCUCCUCGGGCUAUGGCACCAACACCCCCAGCUCCACGGUCUCGUCCUCGUGCUCGUCGCAGGAGCGGCUGCACCAGCUGCCGGCGCAGCCCACGGCCGAGGAGCUGCGCUUCCUCUCCCGCCACUUCGGCAGCUCCGAGAGCCUCGCCGAGGAGGAUGGGGGGGCCCGGGGGGGCGCGGCCGCCCCCCGACCCCGCUCCCGCAGCCUCAGCCCCGGGCGCUCGCCCUCGUCCCACGACAACGAGAUCGUGAUGAUGAACCACGUGUACAAGGAGAGGUUCCCCAAGGCCACGGCGCAGAUGCAGGAGCGGCUGGAGGAGUUCGUGCGGGGCUGCGGCCCCGGCGGGACCCCGCUGGCCGACGGCGCCCUGAGCUUCAUCCAGCACCAGCUGGCCGAGCUGGCCCGCGACUGCCUGGCCACGGCCCGGCUCGGCCUCAUCACCGCCGGCUACUUCUGCGAGCUGCAGGAGAACAUGGAGCGCCUGCUGCAGGACGCCUACGAGCGCUCCGAGUCGGAGGAGGUGGCCUUCAUCACCCAGCUGGUGAAGCGGCUCCUCAUCAUCAUCUCCCGGCCCGCGCGCCUGCUCGAGUGCCUGGAGUUCGACCCCGCGGGGCUGUCCCAGCUGCUGGUGGCCACCGCGGGCCGGGCCGAGGGGCCACUGCGGGCCGACACCCCCCGGUACCUGCUGAGACAGCUGGGCCGGGCACGGGGGGGACGCGCAGACGUGCUGCACCUGGAGGAGCCCGACAGCAGCGGCACCAACACGCCGGAGCCCGAGGAGGGGGCUGAGGGCCGCGCCGCCGUCCCCAGGCCCAAGGAGCCGCCAGGUGAGAGCGACUUCGAGACCAUCAAACUCAUCAGCAACGGCGCCUACGGGGCAGUGUACCUGGUGCGGCACACGGCCACGCGGCAGCGCUUCGCCAUGAAGAAGAUCAACAAGCAGAACCUGCUGCUGCGGAACCAGGUGCAGCAGGCCUUCGUGGAGCGCGACAUCCUCACGUUCGCCGAGAACCCCUUCGUGGUCAGCAUGUUCUGCUCCUUCCAGACCCGCCGCCACCUCUGCAUGGUCAUGGAGUACGUGGAAGGCGGGGACUGUGCCACGCUGCUGAAGCACAUCGGGGCGCUGCCGCUGGAGCUGGCCCGGCUCUACUUCGCCGAGACCGUGCUGGCUCUGGAGUACCUGCACACCUACGGCAUCGUGCACCGCGACCUCAAACCCGACAACCUCCUGAUCACCUCGCUGGGCCACGUGAAGCUGACGGAUUUCGGGCUCUCCAAGAUGGGGCUGAUGAGCCUCACGACCAACCUGUACGAGGGGCACAUGGAGAAGGACGCGCGGGAGUUCCGCGACAAGCAGGUGUGCGGCACCCCCGAGUACAUCGCGCCCGAGGUGAUCCUGCGCCAGGGCUACGGGAAGCCCGUGGACUGGUGGGCCAUGGGCAUCGUCCUCUACGAGUUCCUGGUGGGCUGCGUGCCCUUCUUCGGGGACACCCCCGAGGAGCUCUUCGGGCAGGUGAUCUCAGACGAGAUCCUGUGGCCGGAGGGGGACGAGGCUCUGCCCCCGGACGCGCAGCACCUCAUCUCCUGCCUCCUGCAGCCGGACCCGCUGCGGCGCCUCGGGGCGGGGGGGGCUCAGGAGGUGAAGGCCCACGGGUUCUUCGCCGCGCUCGACUGGACGGGGCUGCUGCGGCAGAAAGCCGAGUUCGUGCCGCACCUGGAGUCCGAGGAGGACACGAGCUACUUCGACACGCGGUCGGACAGGUACCCCCACGUGACGUCGUACGAGGACGAGGACACGACGGAGGACGAGCCCGUGGAGAUCCGGCAGUUCUCGUCCUGCUCGCCCCGGUUCAGCAAGGUGUACAGCAGCCUGGAGCAGCUCUCGCAGGAGCCCAAGCCCAAGGGGCGCCCGCGGGACGAGGGGAGACGCGACGGCUUCGCCCGCGAGCACGGCUGGAGAACGGCAUCACCUGAGCUGAAGCACCGCUCGGCGGGGGAAGGGCCGCCCCCCGAGGGCGAGGGCAGCCCCCCACCGGGCGCCCGCCGCCGUUUCUCGGCGCUGCUGGAGCCGGCGCGCCCCGCGGCUCCCCCCGAGGAGCGGCCGUGCCCCCGCAACGGCGGCCGCGAGGGAGGCGCGGACGGAGCCAGCGAGGAGCCGGGGGAGCGAGCGCCGCGGGCCGCGGAGCCGCCCCCGCCCCGCACCGAGCUGGGGCUGCGGCGGCCGCGACACCCGGGGGUGGCCCCCGCCGAGGCCGGGGGGGACAAGCGCAGCCCCCGCGCCCCCGGGAAGGUCACCAAGUCGGCGUCGGCCACCGCGCUGUCCGUCAUCAUCCCCAGCGGGGAGGCGCCCGGCUCGUCCCCCCUGGGCAGCCCCAUGUCCCCGCGGUCGCUGUCGUCGGACCCCUCGUCGCGGGACUCGUCGCCGGGCCGGGAGCUGGCCCCGGCCGUGGCCGCCCCGCCGCGCUCGCCCAUCGCCAUCCCCCGGCCCGGCAAGAAGUUCGGCUUCACCCUCCGCGCCAUCCGCGUCUACCUGGGCGACAGCGACGUGUACAGCGUGCACCACGUCGUCUGGCACGUGGAGGAGGGGGGCCCCGCGCAGGAGGCCGGGCUGUGCGCCGGGGACCUGAUCACGCACGUGAACGGGGAGCCGGUGCACGGGCUGGUGCACACCGAGGUGGUGGAGCUCAUCCUCAAGAGCGGGACGAAGGUGCUGGUGACGACGACGCCGCUGGAGAACACCUCGAUCCGCCUGGGCCCCGCGCGGCGCCGCAGCGCCCGCGCCAAGAUGGCCCGGAGGAACCGCCGCGGGGGCACCGGGAGCGGCCACGAGAGGCGGCGCAGCGCGCUGUUCCGGCACCUCGCCCGCCAGGCCUCGCUGCUGCACACGAGCCGCUCGCUGACGUCACUGAGCCGCUCGCUCUCCUCCUCCGACUCGCUGCCCGCCUCCCCCACGCACGCGCGGGCGCGCGACCCCGGGGCCUCGCCGCCCAGCAGCUCGCCGGGCUCCAGCGCUCCGCCGUCGCCGGCGGGGCCGCACCUGCGGCCGAGCUCCCUGCAGGGGCUGUCGCCGAAGCUGCAGCGGCAGUACCGGGCGGCGCGGUGCCGCUCGGCCGGCAGCAUCCCGCUCUCGCCGCUCGCCCACACGCCCUCGCCGCCCGCCGCCUCGCCGCCCGCCUUCCCCGCCAAGCUGCACCCCAAGGCCGCCGAGUCGCCGCGCCUCGCCCGCCGCGGGCUCCCGGAGAAGGCGGCGCCGGGGCCGCCCCGCAAGCUGGGGCUGGAGCCGCCCCGCAAGGACUUCCCGGCCGAGCCGCCGCUGCAGAGCUUGGCCGAGUGGGACGGCGAGGGUCCGGCCGAGCCGCCCCCUCCCGCGCCCCCCGCCCGCCGCCUGGGCCGGCAGGAGCUGCCGCUGCUGCUCGGGGGCCCCCCCGGGGCAGAGCCGCCCCCCGCGGCACCGGAGGAGACCGAGAGGGGGGCGCGGGGUGCCCCCAAGGCGCUCAGCCCGGUGCAGGAGCACGAGCGCGGGGGGGCGGCCCCGGGGGGGGGACCCCCGGUGCCCAUCGUGGUGGUGGGGCCCGGCGCGACCCCCGGGGACCCCCGGAGCGCCGCGGGCCCCCCCGGGCGCUGAGCUUUACCCGAGCCCCCCACCCCCCCCCCCAAACCCCCCGUCUGUAAAUAGGGUGGGGGGGCACCCCGGGACCCCCCAGGCAUGCGGGGGUCGCGCCGCCCCCCCCCCCGGCCCCUCCCCGCGUACGCGAAGGGUUAAUACUGUGACACACCCCCCCGUGUGACGUCACCGACCCGGCACACCCCCCCCGGUGUGAUGUCAUCGACCCGGACGAACCCACCCCACCCCCUCCAGGGUGAUGCCCCUCUCUUCCCCCCUCCCGGUCUCCCGUUUGCCCUCGGUUAUGGCUCCCGGUGCUGACGUCAGAGCGGUGAUGACGUCACAGCACCGAUGUCACGGGCGGGGCGCGGGCGCUGCUCUGAUGUCACUUGGGGGAAGGGGAUGGGGAUGGUGACGUCAUCCCCUCGAGCGUGAUGUCACGGCCGCUGCGGAAUCGAUGAUGUCACGGCUGUGGCAUCACCGGCGGCCUUCGAGUGCUGACGUCACCGCUGUGACGUCACCGGAGGUGCGAGGGCGGUGAUGUCACAGCUGCAGUGACCGCCGAGGUGGUGGGGGGUGUGUGUGUGUGUGUUUAGGCCCGUUUCCCACCCGGUGAUGACGUCACACGAGGGCCGGCCAAGCCGGUGACAUCACCAACACCCCCCCGUGACAUCAUCACUCCCCUUCCCCCCGUUCUCGCUAUGCAAACGCCCCCCGGGCAGGGGGGGCCGGGGGGGGUCCCGGGGACCAAUAAAGGCUGUACAGCACCGA